AUGCUCCUCGGUGAUAUCCAUUCCACGCUUCUUGUCCUCAUCAAGCUGGGCGGUGAGAUUAAGCUUCGCCUGAAUGCUUUGAACCAAGCGGCAGAAGACCUCCAGCUCCUGACGACGAACCUCCGGCUGCUGCUUACAGUCUUUGAGAAUCCCGCCAAUGAGGCCAUCAUCAAGGCUCAUGUCUCUGAAUUCGUCACCAUCUUGGAUAUUCUACAAAGUAUCACAAUGUCAUGCGCGAAAUGCGCGAAGGCCCUGGAUAUUGACUCCGCCAAAGCAAAACCCGCCAAUGACAGCGUAGAAGCGUUUGGUAGAAGGAUCAUUCGUCGCAUCUGGAUUCUGAACCGCAUCCCAAGCCUACUUGCGGAGAUCCAGCACAAGGCGGAGCAUCUUCACAAAGUAUACAGCGCCGUAUCGGUUGUGAUAUUACAGGAUAUCCGGGCGAAUCAAUCACCACCCUCUACUGGGGCCGAAGUCUCAACAGCUUCAACAGUUGUGGAGCGGGAAUCCAAACACAUGGAGUUACAUGACUCGCAGUUCACCACCAAUUUUGCCAGCAUUGACUUAAUUUUGGGGAACCUCAUGACUGAGUGCAAGAGCCUUCGGAAGCAGCUUCAGGAAAACGUGAUACGCCCCGACUCCUUGUCUACCCAGCACUACCAAACACAAAAUCCAGAAGGCUUGGCGUUUUGGAGAGACAGAUUCCAGAAAAGCGAACUUGGCCCUUCCAGUCUUCGAUACGAGACGUUGUACGUGUCAUGGGCCCGCUUCGUGCACGAGAUUGAAAUAUCACUUGUCCUCAACAAUAUUCCAACCGCCACGUUCGAAACCGCUACCAUUGAUGUUGUUCGUGAAGGCGGCCAUCGCUUUUCCAUCGACCUACGUGGCACACGUUGCCUGCCUACCAUCCGGCCGUUGUGGCUGCCGGCGCUCCAGACGGCCCUCGACCCGCUGCGCAAAGGCUACGUGAAGCCCCAGGAAUACUUUCAUCUCCUGCAGGAUUUGUCGCUGUCGGCGACACUAAGACGAUUGGUGCUUGACAGCUGCGGCUAUGGUGUAGUCGUCGAAUGUGAACGAGCGACCAGCGAUCUGUCGCUGCCUGCGUCACUAGAGUCGUCUUUGGAUCACGUCGGCUGGAUCGCCGCGCAAAUUGUGGCGGUCCCCACGCCUGGAGAGCUCGGUGUUACAACUGAUAGGGAAGUAAUGGAAGCUAGCGGCGAGGAUCUGAUUUCCUGCUUCAACAAUACGGCGCGAGAUAUUUACGUCCACGUUCGCUAUCUGCAGACAGGUCAAAUCGAGAUCAAGAGCCUGCAACGACAGAUCCGAGGGGCCGGUGGCAUUUCCAUUGGUGCCGCAAUAGCGAUACGGUAUGAGUUGGAAUCGGGGAAGCAUGCAUGGAGCUCCGAUACCAUCAUUACGGAGUUCAGUACCUGCAAAGGGGGGGCGUAUAACAUCACAGCGGGCAGUGGAAGAAAUGUCAUUCCAUUUUCCACAGUCCCUUUCGUAGGGUCUUUUGAUGACAUGCUACACGAUGAAGGCGAGACAAACGGUUCUACUCUGCCGUAUUACCAGUAUACACUUCUAGGGCCGUCGAGGGCUUUCUGGAAGGUGCCGGGCGUUGGUGAAAAAGUUCAGAUCGAAUAUGACGGCCUCUGGUACGACUCAAGAGUCACAGAGGUAGACGGCGAUGAGAUCGAGUUUGUCGAUUGGGAUGCUGCAGUCUCUGAUGCCGCGACCCCCUCCGUCAGCGGAGAGCAAGAUGGGGAAACCGAAGAGUGUGACUUUGGCGGCCUAUUUUCCGAAGAACAGCUGGAGCGGCUUGGACGCGGCACGCGGCGUUUGUGGUGCCCCUGGAAGCGAGAUAUCGCAAGAUACGACGUCCGACCGUACCGGUGCCUUCACAUCGGGGACUCGAUCGAAGCCCCCGUCAUGUACCCUGACUACCUAUUGCGCUAUCACCGCAUGGAGGAGUCGCAGCUGUACAUACCCGCGCGCAUCGCCGAGGUGCACGGCGAUCAGUACCUGGUUGAGUUCAGCCCGGCCAUAUGCGCGCACAAGUGGUGGCCGGGGCGGCUGCCCUGCGGCGCCCUGGUGGAGCUGCUACCUGGGUCCCCGCCCGGCGACGCUGUUGAGAACCCGUAUGACGCGAACCGUGUGAUGAUGCAUGCGGAUCUCGUGCGUCCCCUGUCAUCCGGCGGGGGAGCGCGGCCGGUGCUCGGGGCGCAGUCGGCGCAGCCGGCGGGUUGGAACUCGUUCCAGGGCGUGCAGCUGCGUAAUUUGGAGGACCUGCUGGAGCAGAGUCUCUGGAACGAUGACAAACACGGAACGUCAGACACAGGUUGA